CAGUCUACAGUAGUGUUUUGUUCGUUAGCCUACAUUUUCAAGUUAUUUAACUAAUAACUUAUCUGAUAUUAAAUUUGUAAAGCAUUUCUUUUUUAAAAUCGAAAGACUGUAUUGGCUUAUUAUAUGUGAGAUUACCAAGUGGUAUGUACAGACUGCAGUAUGUCCAGUGACUUAAUUCACUAACAGCUGGAAGAUGGCUAACCCUGAGGGCUUUCAGACCAAGGAGCGUCCUCGCAGUCUCAACAAACAGAGGAUGCCACAUCCACAACAUGUGGUAGAAAAGACAGCCAAAGGUAAAUCCACCACUAUUGGUGAUGACGCCAAUCGCCCGUGUAAAGAACAUUCGUUCCUCACAGAUGUAGCCGAUGUCCGCUCGAUGGAGCAGGGACUUCUGGGAUUGCUUGAAGACUUUCAUUCGGGAAAACUAAGAGCGUUUGGGGAGGAAGCCAACUUUGACAAGAUGGAUCAAAUCCGAGAGCAGCAGGAGCGGCUAGCACGACUUCACUUUGAGCUGGACAUUCAACAGGACAUGCACAGAAUAAACUCUGAUGCUGCAAGAACAGUUGCUAAUGAAAAUUUGGUUAAAUUGAUCAACCAGCUAAAUGGACUGGGAGCUUCAAUACAAGCUCUGCAGACAGAUGGGACUAAGAAAGAAGAUAAAUCUCACCGAUAAAGCUACAGUAGCAGUGUGUAUAGUGGACACCUGUUUUAGAAGGACAUCAUAAUUUAAUUCUAUACAGCAGCACCAUUCAUGAUCAUAUCUUUGGAUGAGGCAGAGUCCAUGGGGCAUUUUGACAAGGUUAUCACAGUAUGCUAUCAUGGAUCAUCAUCAAACGCUUCAUCGUUUGGAGAAAAACCACUCCCUGGGAUCAUACAAACCUGGGGCCUAAUUCACAAAGGUCUCUUAGGCUCUGCUAGACAACAAAGCAUCCUCUUUGUAAGUCUUUUAGCAUUGCACUGCGAGAUCGCAAAGUUGCAAGAGUUUAGUGAAUUAGGCCCCUGACCAUUGUUGUUUGUUACUAAUUAUUCAGGCCUUAUCUAGCUGAUGAAAUGGCCCUUUUUUUCGUCAAAAAAAAGAAAGAAAAAAGUUUGUUUUGUUUAACGACACCACUAGAGCACAUUGAUAUAUUAAUCAUUGGCUAUUGGAUGUCAAACAUUUGGUAAUUUUGACAUGU